ACUCUGCGCCCGCGGCUCCGCUCGGCGCCUGCCCGCCCCGCCACUGCUCGGUGCGGAAGCCCGCAGCCUGAGGGAGCUGCGUGGUGCGGGCCUGCUAACGUGGGUGCACUUGCCACCGGCUCCGGGGGAGUGCGAGUGUCUGAGCUCCGGGCACUGCGGGGCUGCGGGCUCCGUGCCCCGGAAGGCGGGUGCCCUAGCCAGACGCGAUCGCGAGGUUCCUGAGACUGAAGACUGCCAAGAGAGCUGAGAGAUGGGGGAGAUGGUAACCCUCAGGCAGAAGCUACCAACAAGGAGCUUGCCACUGCUGGAGAGAAGUGAUGGUGACAUUUGAAGCCCACAGAGACAGCAGUCCACAAAUGUGCUGACAGGUGUCAGGAGCCAGGAUGCUGGGAUGACGUUUCUCGAGGCCCUGGUGUCCCUCCUGCCCAGGUGCUAGGAGCCGUCUCCAGGCUCCACCUGGGAGCCCUGCUGCCCAGGGGCAUGGCCAAACCUUUCUUCAGACUCCAUAAGUUUCUCCGCAGAACACAGUUCCUGCUGCUCUUCCUCACGGCUGCCUACCUGAUGACCGGCAGCCUGCUGCUCCUGCAGCGGGCCAGAGUGGCCCUCCCACAGGUCCUCCGGGCUCCUGGCAGCCUACAGGCCUUGCCAGUGGCCACUGUAGCACUGGGUGUGGGCCUGCUGGACAGCAGGAGCCUUCAUGAUCCCCACAGUAGCCCUGACCUAUUACUUGAUGUGGACACACUAAGGAGUCCUCUGGCCCGACUUCCACCUGGAAUCCGCUGGCCCCGGAGGAACCGCAGCUCACUGCGGCGGCGCUGGCUACACCACCUCACCAGUGACCCCCAGGGGCCAUCCACCCUGGGCACUGAGGCCCCUGGACCGGCGAGCCACAGCCGAGGCAAUUACCUGGGAUGCUUCAGUGAGGAGGGCCAGGAGAGAACUCUGAAGGCGGCGGUGUUUUAUGACUUGAGGAAGAUGACCGUGGCCCACUGUCAGGAUGCCUGCGCUGAACGGUCCUAUGUCUAUGCCGGCUUGGAGGCCGGUGCAGAGUGCUACUGUGGGAACCGGCUGCCAGUCACACGUGUCAGCCUGAAGGAGUGCAACUACGAGUGUAAAGGGGAGAAGGGCUCCGUGUGUGGGGCUGUUCACCGGCUCUCUGUGUACAGCGCGGGGCUGCAGCAGCUGGGCUCCAGGAAGCGACGAGCUGCCACCUACCGAGGGUGCUUUCCACUGCCAGACAACGUCACCCAUACUUUCUCCUCCUCCAUGACACAGGCCAACAUGACUGUGGAGACAUGCUCUGGAUUUUGUUCCCAGAAAGAGUUUCCUCUGGCCAUCCUCCGGGGCUGGGACUGCUACUGUGCCUACCCUACUCCACAGUUCAGCCUUCGGGAUGCUGUGGAUGGAACAUUGUGCAGCCAGGCCCCAGAGGCUCAGGGGCAACCUGGCUACUGUGAGGUCUACCAGACGCCUGUGCAAGACACCCGGUGCACAGACAGGAAGUUUCUGCCCAACAAGUCUAAGGUGUUCGUGGCUCUGUCAAGCUUCCCGGGAGCUGGGAACACAUGGGCAAGGCACCUGAUCGAGCACGCCACUGGCUUCUACACAGGAAGCUACUACUUCGAUGGAACCCUGUACAACAAGGGCUUCAGGGGUGAGAAGGACCAUUGGCGGAGCCGGCGUACCAUCUGUGUGAAGACCCACGAGAGUGGCCGGAGGGAAAUUGAGAUGUUUGAUUCCGCCAUCCUGCUGAUCCGGAACCCCUACCGGUCCCUGGUUGCUGAAUUCAACCGGAAAUGCGCUGGACACCUGGGCUAUGCCCCUGACCGAAACUGGAAGAGCAAAGAGUGGCCGGACUUUGUGAAUAGCUAUGCCUCCUGGUGGUCCUCACACGUCCUAGACUGGCUUAAGUACGGGAAGCGGCUGCUGGUGGUGCAUUACGAGGAGCUGCGACGCAGCCUGGUGCCCACGCUGCGGGAGAUGGUGGCCUUCCUCAAUGUGUCCGUGAGUGAGGACCGGCUUCUCUGUGUGGAGAACAACAAGGAGGGCAGCUUCAGGCGGCGUGGCCGGCGCCCGCGUGACCAGGAGCCCUUCACCCCUGAGAUGAAGGACUUGAUCAGCGGCUACAUCAGGACAGUGGACCAGGCCUUGCGUGAUCACAACUGGACAGGGCUGCCCAGGGAGUAUGUGCCCAGAUGAUAGGCCCGCCCCGGCUCCCUGCUUCUGCCGAGAUGCACUUACACCAGCGGGCUGAACACUGCUCCAGUGCACGGAUCCACGGACCCCUGGGAUGCACGGGGGCUGGCACACAGUCAGCAGGGUAGUUCUUGCUCGUGCUGCUUCAUGUGCAGGGAAUGCUGGGCAGCACAAAGCCCACCCAGAGAGAUGCACAUCACAGGGCACUCCCUGCUGGACACAUCCUCAGACACACUUAGACAUCACCCCCACACUCAGUGCCCAUUUUAAUGUGCCUAGGCCACUUGAGUAGGAUGGGCCAAACACUCCCAGCUUUGCACACACAGUCAGAAAUGGACACAUGCACACAGGUACCAGGAUGUAUGCUGACAGAGACUGGCUAUCUUGCCUCACACAUACACAUGUGCAACACACUCAAGGCUCCGGGAGGCCCUAGGCUUCCUGGGUCCAGCUGGGCCCAAACUGGCUUUUUUGGGACCCUUGGAUCUGGAAUACCGUGCUGCGCAGACAUCGUGGAUCUGAGCAGUACACUGGGACUGUGGGGAUGGAAGUUCACAGACUGGCUGAUGGUUACUGUACAACCCUGGCUGCUUGUCAGACAUCCCAUAAACAUGUGUGCGGUGACAUCCCAGCACUGGAAACACUGUGUCCCUGCCUCUCUCUUCUCCAUAGAUGGGGACUGGUAACACUGUGGCAGCAUGGAGCCCACUGCUGCUCCUACCCCACCUCUUCAAGCUCACGUGCUGACGUUAGGAUAGCCACCACUGUUCAGUCCU